UAAGACUUUUUCAUAUACUUCAUGUUCAAAAUUUUUUUUUUUUGUAAAAAUCGCAAAAAACAGCUUUUUACCGUUCUACUACCCUCAAGGCCCUCAAGUUACCUCAUCUGACAUAACCUACAAUUUCUAGUGUUAAGUCCACGUGAGGUCCACUAUUUCUAUGUUUACCAGUCACACGUGAGCUUAAAACGAGAAAAACCAGAGAAAUCCCAAGUGUUAGGCUUCAAAAUUACUGGAAAAAUCAAGAUAGCUCGUAAUUAUCGAGUGCAGUGUUCCAUUUGAUCAUAAAAUACUGAAGGAUAAAACGAGAGAAUGGGGAAACUCAACGUUACGAUGUUGCGUUACUUAACUAAAGAGGAUUUUCGAGUGCUGACAGCUAUCGAAAUGGGAAUGAAGAAUCACGAGCUGGUGCCAGGUUCUCUAGUAGCACAAAUAGCUAAUUUACGUCAUGGGGGAGUGCACAAGCUCCUGAAGGAGAUGAGCAAACACAGAUUAGUCAGUUAUGAGCGAGGAAAGCACUAUGAUGGAUAUCGUUUGACAAACGCUGGCUACGACUACCUCGCCCUGAAGGUCCUGGUGGCACGUGGGGUAGUCUCAUCAUUUGGAAAUCAAAUAGGCGUUGGAAAGGAAUCCAACAUUUACGUUGUGGCGAACGAAGAGGGCAAGCCAGUCUGUCUGAAACUGCACAGACUGGGGAGGACGUGCUUCAGGAAUAUCAAGGGGAAGAGGGACUACCACAAACACAGGAAGUCAAUGUCCUGGCUGUAUCUGUCGAGGAUAUCAGCGACGAGGGAGUUUGCUUACAUGAAGGCCCUCGAGGACAGGGGGUUUCCCGUGGCCAAGGCCAUUGAUUUCAAUCGACACUGCGUUGUGAUGGAACUAAUUGAGGGAGGACCUCUAUGUGGAGUUCAUGAAGUUGAUAAUGUAGAAGACCUCUACGAUCAACUAAUGAAUCUAAUCGUGACAUUUGGAAAUCAUGGAGUCAUCCAUGGUGAUUUCAACGAGUUCAACAUAAUGAUCACGAACGAAGGAAAACCGAUAGUCAUAGAUUUCCCCCAGAUGAUUUCCACUGAGCACCUUAAUGCCGAAUAUUACUUCGAGAGGGAUGUCAAGUGCAUCAGGGACUUCUUCAGACGUCGGUUUGGGUACGAGAGUGAGCUGUACCCAUCGUUCAAGGACCUCGCUCGUGAGGACUGCGUGGAUGUUGAAAUAAAGGCGAGUGGUCUGACAAGGCGAAUGGAGAAAGAUUUGCUGAUAGAAAUGGGAAUCGAGGAGGAGGACGAAGCCUUCGAGGAUGCACUGAGUGACUCUGAGGCCCUUCAAGACCAGAAAAUAGAGAUUCUCCCGGAGAAUUUCGACGAGCACCAGGAUGUCCACUCACAACAUCAGACUUUCUCACCAGAAACUCCACGAAAUAACAUAGAGAUUGAAAUACAGAAUAAAAUAACAGAAGAAGAAAAUGGAAUUGAGAUCGAGAGAGACGUCGAAGAGGAGGAUGUCGUCCCAGAAUUGAUAAAUCUCUCGAUGGCAGUCAAUAGUUCUGACAUUGACGAUGUGAGGAGUGUCAGGAGCACCUCUACCACGGCUACAAUACCUCCGGAGGUGAUAAAGGAGCGUGCGAGACUCGCUCUGCAGAAGAGAAAUAAAAAGGCCCAAUCUAGGAAGAUUCUGGCUAAGGGGGAGGCCAGUGCGACCACUCGAAUUCGUCGGGAGAACAGGGACAAUAUUCAACAGUCCACCUGUGGAUUCUGGGGGGGCGAUUAAUCAUUAAAUUUGUUACUCAACGACGAUAAGGAUAGUGUUUGCGCGGUCUGUUUGGUGUGGAAAACGAG